AUGAAUGAUAUGAAUGAUGACUUUGGAGUAACUAUGGGAUACACAAAAGCAUGGAGAUCAAGAGAAAAAGCUUUGCGUCUAAUAAGAGGGAACCCCGAUGAUUCAUAUCAAAAGUUGCCAAUGUAUCUUUACACGUUAAAGCAAGCAAAUCCAGGAAUAAUAACACACCUACUCACAGAUAAGGAAGAUAGAUUCAAAUAUCUAUACAUAGCUUUCUCUAACUCAAUCAAGGCAUCAACGUUAGAUUCAAACAACAACAUUUUCGUGUUGGCUUUUGGAAUAGAAGACUCUGAAAAUGAUAACUCAUGGCUUUGGUCCUUCUCCAAACUGAGAAACACCUAUGGAGAACCCGAAGUUUCCGACAGACACAAGAGCAUAGACAAUGCAGUACAUAUGGUGUAUCCAAAUGCUUUCCAUGGAGCUUGCAUGCUUCACUUGCUCAAUAAUUUGAAAAGCAAAUAUGGAAGCCAUGGAGAAGAGCUACAAAUGAAAUUCAUUGCAGCAGCAAAAGCAUACACAAAAACAGAAACUGAACAGUACAUGAGAGGCCUUGAUAGACUUGACAGACGCAUUAGACCCUAUUUAGAGAAAGCCUAUGAAACUUGGGCAAGAUCAUACUCACCAACAAAAAGAUACACCAUGAUGACAUCCAACAUCGCAGAAUCACUCAACACUGCACUAAAAGCUGCAAGAAAUCUCUCCAUUGAUAUCUUGGUUGAAUGCCUUAGAAGUUUGGUUCAAAAGUGGGUUUGGAACAACUCAAAUAAUGCAAACGGAACAUUCACAAAAGUCUCUACAACAACAGAGAAUGAAUUGAGACAUGACAUUGUUUCAAAAAUGAAGUAUGAGGUCUUGCCUUUCAACACAAUAGAAUACCAAGUUUGUGAUCAAAAGGGGAUAAAUUUCACAGUAAAUAUACAUAAAAGAACAUGUACUUGCAAUAGAUUUCAAGAAGAUGAAAUGCCUUGUGGCCAUGCAGUAGCUGUCAUUGCAAAGAGAAACUUGAGUGUGUGA